GUUUCACUCAGUAAGAUGACAAAAGUUAAUGAAUGAGUGGAGUUUAAUUUUUGUGGUCCUAAAACCUGCAAGAUAAUUAUCAUUUUGAGCCAUGAAUUUACUCAGAAAUGUCCCAUGUGUUUUUUUUUUUAAAUUCAUGAAUACAUUAAGGUCUGUGGUUAAUAUGUUGCUAAAGACUUUCUGAAUAAGAACUACAACUACCACAAGGAUGUAAGCUUACCUGCAUGAGGAAUUGGACAACAGUGUAGUUCUUAUGCACUUGUAGUUCUUUAUAGCCCUUACAAAUUUAUUAAAAAUAAUUAAUACAAGAUUUGGCCCAAAAAGUGCUUGAUUUCCUUGUACAAAAUAACUUUUCUGACUGGUUCAUGUUUAUUCAGAAACUUUGACGUCGCGCGUAUAGUGGCGUGGCGUUGUGAUGCUACUGUGAGGCGGAGUCAGAGUCAGACAGGUUUCACAGGUGUGAACAUCCACAACAACACAAGAAACCUGGACGAAACUUACUGCUGACUUCGUUAAUUUCAGCAAAAGGUAGGCUCUGGGUUAAUUAACUGGUUCAUUACUGAGUUAGGCUACGUAUUUGAUUGACCAUCUUGCGACUAGAUAAAACGUUUACUUUACAAAAGUACAUUUUAUAAAAGUAAUAUGAUUAAACUGAGAAUAUUUCUAGACUGUUUAAAUAUCUAAAACCACAACCACCCACAUCAGUUAACUAGCAAUGUGUCAUGUUGGUUUCACUAGUGACCGGGGACUUUAUAUUCACCUGAACGUGCAUCAGAUUUUAAACUCAUGAAAUUUGUGAAACCUCCCUGUUUCUCAGGCAAUGCCAGAAUCAAGCCGGCAUCAUCAUACAAGGGACAAGGACUACUCUAGUCGAGACAGGAGAGAUGAAGGUGGACACGAGGACAGGAUAUAUAGAGACGACAGUUCACGAAGCCACCGAGAGAAGCAAAGAUACGCUGACACACAAAGGGACACCCGUUAUAAUAGGCAGGGAGUGCCCAGUUACACCGAGACAUCAUCUUCAUACUAUGAUGACAGUCAACCCUAUCAUCAUAAAGGGGCACUUUACAACCUGAGAUACAUCACAACAAGCAGAGGCAUCUGUCAGGCCAUGGGAUUCUUCUUAAUCUUGUUGAUUGUCAUCUGUGCUGGAGUGAACCACAGUAACUCGGGUCGGUAUCGGGAUAUCGCCAGCUUAGGAGGUUUGUACCAGUACUAUUACGGAGGAGCAAACGCAUUCACCGGAGCCGAGGCGCAGAAGGUCCAGCAGCUCGAAGACCAGUUGUACCACCAAACUUCCCCUUACGUCUACAGCAUGGUGGCAUGCGGCGGGGCGCUGAUGCUUUACGCUUGUGCCACGCUGGCCCUCUGAGUGUUUCGCAUGCCCUACCGUUUCCCUCCUCUGCUGCUGGCUGAGGCUCUGCUGGAUGUGCUCCUAGGUCUCGGUUUUAUUCCUGCCAUCGCUUUCUACUUCAUAAAGCUGCAGGAGAUCUACAACAACCCCAUCUGUAAAGAGAGGGAAGCCAUGUACAGCAGCAAAGGUCACAGAGGAUUCGAGUGCAAUCUCAACGGGGCGGACAUAGCUGGAGGCUUGUUUGGUGUUCUGGGAAUUAUUAUAUUCCCCAUAAGCGCUGUGUUGGCCAUCAGAGCUUUAAUAAGGGUGCGGAAGAUGAAGCAGAGGCCGACAGAAGACAACAACCUGUGAGGGUUACGCCAUUUAAUGAAGAGAUUCGAAUGUGGAAAGCACAGAAGGUCCUACACAAGUGUAAAUGCUUUGGUUAGUAUUUUUACAGUAUCAGAAGGAUAUAUAUUUUUCUAUUUUUUAUGUCUUUGCUUUCUCUUAAGUGUUAUUAUGGACUUUUGCAACAAUUUUUUUUUCAUAUAUUUUUCAUAAAUUAAAGGUCUUAAAUUCAAAACCAAA